AUGUCUAAAGGAGGAGUUGUUGGGCAGCAAUGGAGGGCUGUUGGUUGGCAAAGGAAGGGGCAAGUGAACAAACAUUCAAUGACACCUCUUUGCACUACCGCCAAUGCUCAUUGUGUUGUUUGCCGUCGACUGGAUAUUGGACAUUGGAGUCAAGUCCCAAAUAACUACGACUCUGGAACCCAAUCCCAGACGUGGGUUUACAACGAACAAGAGCUCCUCUUCAUCUUUGCGAACGUGAGCACCUCGUCAUCUCCUUCAACCUUCUUCACAUCAUAUGUUCUAUGGUUUUGCCUUCGUCUCUCUCCUCUCUCUCUCUCCCUUCUCCUUUCUCCUGCCAUCUCAAAUUCAUGGCUUAUUAUCACAAAACGUCCCUGA